AUGUCUGAAACUUUGUCCAAAGUAGAUCAAAUUGUUAAUGAUAUUAAAAAGACGGCAACAAUAAGUAAUGAAGAAAAAACACGCAAAAAAUUAAAUAAAAUAAUUAAAGAUGGUUUCGAUAAUUUACAUGUCAUAUCUGACUUUGAUGCAACCAUGACUUCAUAUUGGACUGAUAAUAAAAAGCGGAAUCCUGGGUCACACUCAGUAUUAGGAUCAAGCAAACAUUUAUCUGAUCAAUUCAGAACUCGUACCAAAGAAUUGUAUGAAAAAUAUUAUAGUAUUGAGAUUGAUUCACAUAAAAGUAGACAAGAAAAAAUACCAUAUAUGGUUGAAUGGUGGGAAAAAGCUCAUGAACUUUUAAUUAAUGAAAAAAUCAAUAAAGACGAUUUGGCUAAAAUGGCAGCUGAAUCAACUAUAAAAAUGCGGCCUGGUUUAGCUUCAUUAAUUAAUACAUGCAAUGAAAAAAAAGUACCUUUACUAAUAUUUUCGGCUGGACUUGGCAAUGUUAUCGAACAGGUUUUAAGGAUCAAGAAUCUUUAUUAUCAAGAUACUAUGCAUAUUGUAUCCAAUCAAAUGGAAUUUAACCCGGUCACUGGAAUAUGCAAUCAUUUUAAAGAACCUUUGAUACAUGUAUUUAACAAAUCUGAAGUUGUGGUUAAAGAUAGCCCUUACCGAACUGCAAUUGAAGAACGAAGAAAUGUAAUCCUUCUUGGCGAUUCUAUUGGAGAUUUACAAAUGUCUUAUGGGAUUAGUCAUGACACUUCUUUAACAAUAGGAUUUUUAAAUUUUAAAAUAGAUGAACUUUUAGAUGAAUAUCUAAAAUCUUUUGAUAUAGUUGUGACUGAUGAUGGCCCAAUGGAUUGUGUAAACAUUAUUCUUUCUAACAUUGAUAAUUGCUUUUUCUAA